AUGUCAAACCCAGCUGAAUCUUCCGACUCGAAAUCGAAGAAAGACUUCAGUACAGCUAUUCUGGAGAGGAAGAAGUCUCCUAACAGACUUGUCGUCGAUGAGGCCAUCAACGAUGAUAACUCCGUCGUCUCUCUCCACCCCUCCACCAUGGAGAAGCUCCAGCUCUUCCGUGGUGAUACCAUUCUCAUCAAGGGUAAGAAGAGGAAGGACACUAUCUGCAUUGCUCUAGCUGAUGAAUCAUGUGAGGAGCCAAAGAUAAGGAUGAACAAAACAGUCAGAUCUAACUUGAGAGUUAGGCUUGGAGAUGUUAUCUCUGUUCACCAAUGCCCUGAUGUCAAGUACGGGAAGCGUGUCCACAUCUUGCCUGUUGAUGAUACCGUUGAAGGAGUUACUGGAAACCUCUUUGAUGCUUACCUUAAACCUUAUUUCCUGGAGGCCUACCGUCCUGUGAGGAAGGGUGAUCUCUUCCUAGUCAGAGGAGGAAUGAGGAGUGUGGAGUUCAAAGUUAUAGAGACUGAUCCUGCUGAGUACUGUGUGGUUGCUCCAGACACUGAGAUUUUCUGUGAGGGCGAGCCAGUGAAGAGAGAGGAUGAGGAAAGGCUAGAUGAAGUGGGUUAUGAUGAUGUUGGUGGUGUCAGGAAGCAGAUGGCUCAGAUCAGGGAGCUUGUUGAGCUUCCCUUGAGGCAUCCACAGCUGUUCAAGUCAAUUGGUGUUAAGCCACCGAAAGGGAUUCUGCUUUAUGGACCACCUGGGUCUGGGAAGACUUUGAUUGCUCGUGCUGUGGCUAACGAAACUGGUGCGUUUUUCUUCUGUAUCAAUGGACCUGAGAUCAUGUCUAAGUUGGCUGGUGAGAGUGAGAGCAACCUCAGGAAAGCGUUUGAGGAGGCUGAGAAGAAUGCUCCUUCUAUUAUAUUCAUUGAUGAGAUUGACUCUAUUGCACCCAAAAGAGAGAAGACCAAUGGAGAGGUUGAGAGGAGGAUUGUGUCUCAGCUCCUCACGUUGAUGGAUGGACUGAAGUCACGUGCUCAUGUUAUUGUCAUGGGAGCAACGAAUCGUCCCAACAGUAUCGAUCCGGCUUUGAGAAGGUUUGGAAGAUUUGACAGGGAGAUUGAUAUCGGUGUUCCUGAUGAAAUUGGACGUCUUGAAGUUCUCAGGAUCCACACAAAGAACAUGAAGCUAGCUGAAGAUGUGGAUCUAGAAAGGAUCUCAAAGGACACACACGGUUAUGUAGGUGCUGAUCUUGCAGCCCUGUGCACAGAGGCUGCCUUGCAAUGCAUCAGGGAGAAGAUGGAUGUGAUUGAUUUGGAAGAUGACUCCAUUGAUGCUGAGAUCCUCAAUUCCAUGGCAGUGACUAAUGAACACUUCCACACUGCUCUAGGGAACAGCAACCCAUCUGCACUACGUGAAACUGUUGUGGAGGUUCCCAAUGUUUCUUGGGAUGACAUUGGAGGUCUGGAGAAUGUCAAAAGAGAGCUCCAGGAGACUGUUCAAUACCCUGUGGAGCACCCAGAGAAGUUCGAGAAAUUCGGUAUGUCUCCAUCAAAGGGAGUCCUUUUCUACGGUCCUCCUGGAUGUGGUAAAACCCUUUUGGCCAAAGCUAUAGCCAAUGAGUGCCAAGCAAACUUCAUCAGUGUCAAAGGUCCUGAGCUUCUCACUAUGUGGUUUGGAGAGAGCGAAGCCAAUGUCCGUGAAAUCUUCGACAAGGCUCGUCAGUCCGCUCCAUGUGUUCUCUUCUUUGAUGAGCUCGACUCCAUUGCGACUCAGAGAGGAGGUGGAGGCGGAGGUGAUGCUGGCGGUGCAGCAGAUAGAGUCUUGAACCAGCUUUUGACCGAGAUGGAUGGAAUGAACGCCAAGAAAACUGUCUUCAUCAUCGGAGCGACCAACAGACCAGACAUUAUUGAUUCUGCUCUUCUCCGACCAGGAAGGCUCGACCAGCUCAUUUACAUUCCACUACCAGACGAGGAUUCCCGCCUCAAUAUCUUCAAGGCAUGCUUGAGGAAAUCUCCUGUUGCUAAAGAUGUAGACAUCAAUGCUCUCGCUAAGUACACACAGGGAUUCAGUGGUGCUGAUAUCACUGAGAUUUGCCAGAGGGCUUGCAAAUACGCCAUCAGAGAAAACAUCGAGAAGGACAUUGAAAAGGAGAAGCGGAGGAGCUUGAACCCAGAGGCGAUGGAGGAAGAUGGAGUGGAUGAAGUAUCAGAGAUCAAAGCUGCACACUUUGAGGAAUCGAUGAAGUAUGCACGCAGGAGUGUGAGUGAUGCAGACAUCAGGAAGUACCAAGCCUUUGCUCAGACGCUGCAGCAGUCUAGAGGGUUUGGUUCUGAGUUCAGGUUCGAGACUAAUGCUGGUUCAGGUGCAACCACUGGAGUUGCUGAUCCUUUUGCCACGUCUGCAGCUGCUGCUGCAGAUGAUGAUGAUCUCUACAAUUAGUUAUCAAACUUAUCAUCCUCUUCUUCUUUUUCUUAAGUUCGCUUUCGAAUUCUCUACUUUUGGAUGACUUGGGGGAAAGUGAUACUGGUAUACUUUUCCUUUUUAAGUUAAUCAGAAUCGCUUAUGUUUGAUACUCUAAAUCUUGAGCAACCUCUCUUUCCAGGUCUACAUCUUUAUCAAUGUUACGAUACCAUCUUCUCUUGAU